UCCCUCUGAAUCCUUUAACCCUGAUCCAAAAAAGAUGGCGGAAGCACCUCCAUGGCCCAGCCGGUUUUUCUGUCACAGAUGUUCUGAAGAGAUCAGCCCUCGCCCACCCGAUUACACAUGUCCUCGGUGUGAAUCUGGCUUCAUUGAGGAACUACUGGAGGAGAGAAGCAGUGAAAAUGGGUCCACAUCUACCAUCUCCAGUGGUGACCAGAACCAACAGCCUUUUGAGAAUGUGGACCCUUCACAGAUGUUUACAUUUCCCUCGGGUUAUGGGCAGUUUGCUCUGGGUGUCUUUGACGACACUUUUGAAUUUGGAGCGGGCCUGGGCGGAGGAGGGACAGAGGACAGCCGCGAUGCAGACAACCGGCGAGAACGGGAGAUGGCGUCACGGCAGCGAUACAGCGCCAGGCAACCUCGGGGCCGUCAUGGUGUCCGGAGGCAGGUUGGGAGACAAGAGGGAGUCCCCACUUUAGAAGGAAUCAUUCAGCAGCUAGUGAAUGGAAUAAUUGCUCCUACGGCAAUGCAAAAUAUUGGUGUGGGCCCCUGGGGUGUGCUUCACUCAAACCCUAUGGAUUACGCCUGGGGUGCCAAUGGACUUGAUGCAAUCAUUACACAGUUACUAAAUCAGUUUGAGAACACUGGCCCCCCUCCAGCUGACAGGGACAAAAUCAAGAGCCUCCCCACAGUCCUAAUCACACAGGAGCAUGUAGGCUCUGAUCUAGAAUGUCCGGUGUGUAAAGAAGACUACAGUAUUGGCGAAAACGUUAGGCAACUUCCAUGUAAUCAUUUGUUUCACAAUGAUUGCAUUGUACCCUGGCUCGAACAGCAUGACACUUGUCCAGUGUGCAGGAAAAGCUUGAGUGGACAGAACACAGCCAUGAAUCCUCCAGGGCUAUCAGGGAUCAACUUUGCCUCUUCCUCUACACCCCCAUCGUCCAGCUCAACCGGCAAUGAGAACGCAGCCAACAACUCCUAAUUAUAAAAACCAUUCCCCAUACCGCCCUGGGAGCUGCCCCGCCUUGGCCACUGCUCUGACUGUCUUACCCCAUAGAGUGGAGCUAAUAGCACCCACCCAGCCUCCUGCACUGGAGCACUGACUCUCACUGGACUGGAGCCAGCGGGGAUCCAGUGAAAUGAAAGUCUGUGUGUCUGCCCAACUCGAGGCUCUCUUCGAGCCUUCAGGAAUGCUCCUCCUCACUGGGUGGAAGGCUGGAUUCGCGCCCCCCCCCCCCUUCUUGGGAAGGAUAUGGAGGAUAGUAACUUUAGGAGGGUCCCUUUUCUGGAUAACCUCAUCAUACAACAGGACGACAGUUAGUCCUGCAUUCUGAUUCUUGUCUUAUCAGGAUUGAGAGAGUUCUUAUUUUACUUCCGGAGGUAUGAUUUGUAAUACUUUAGCUGCACAGUGAUUAAGACAAAGUGUGAGUGUACAUUAUAUUUUUUAUUUUUUUAAGUAGCAUCCAUAUCUGUAAACCUAAAGGCCCUUUAAAGAGAUUUUUAGGAUAGAAGGAAGGCUGAGUAUAGGACAUGUUCUUGGUUUGGGUUUGCAGGUGUUUCGGUGGGUUGGAAACAUCUAUCACAUUUGAAGUGUUUUGCUCAGAAAAACAACUGACCCUAAAACAAUGUGAUUUCACAUUGAAUUAACCCCAAAUUGGUUUCUUACUGACUGAAGUUGCACUGGUACCAUUGCUUUGACCUUUCAAUUAUAAAACAAACUACAUUAGGCUUUGUCUUUUAUUUUAGAAUUUAACUGAAUUAAGUCAAAGGUUACUGAAAUCCCUUUAGGUAUAGAAAGGAUCUACAUGGGGUGCAUAAAACAUUCUAAUUCAACUUUUCCUUAAUCAGUCACAUAUAAUCAAAAAGACUUAGUGCAUUUGGUUAUUGUUUUACUUAAAAGCUGAAAUCCAUGGAAGUGAAACCACCAGGACACUGUUAUUGUUAUAAAAGCAUUUCACAGAAUUGAUUGCUGGAAAGAUAAGAAGGGUAUACUAAAGAACCAGAUCAUUUGCCUAAAUUCUGACAACUUUUGAGAAGGAAAAGCUUUAUGACAAAUGACCAAAAACACAUCUAAGUGCAAUGAGUGGAAGGUGUAUUUUUUUUUUUUAUGAACCAGAAUAGUAGUGGUUAUUUAUGGUUGUUUAUUCAUGUUAGCUGACCAUCUCUGACUCUGUGGUAUACCCUCGACAUGAGUAUGUAGUAGGAGGCUCUAGGGUCCUGUGCUCAGUCGCAUGAAAUGGACGAUAACAGAUCUGGCACUGUUUUACCUUACGGAGAUAUCCACUUUAAAGUAUGUUAUGUAAGAUUCAUAAUGAAAUAUAGAUUUUAAUAUUCAUUUGCUGAUUAUGUAAAACCCUUUACAAAACACCAACUGAUGUGAAAAUAAAAAUGUUUGGAUGCUUCUUUUCAAAUGAA